GAAGAGUAUAAUGAAAGCGGAUGUUCAAAAGAAGAUAUUGGUAGCGAGUACGAGUUGCGUGCAAUUUCGAAAUUUCAAGCUCAAGAAGUUGUACAAGAGGAUAGUGACGUUACAAAACGUUAGCAACAAACCAGCAAGAUUUCAAAUAGAAAAGAGACCGUAUCGUUCCAAGUUUCGGAUUAUAAUAAAGCCGGUGAUCGAAAACAGGAGUAUUGUUCCACCAGGAAUGCAGCUGCAAUUGAUCAUUCUGUUCCGCUGUGACGAUAUCGAUACGCCGGAAGAGAUGUUGGUGUUGAACGUCCAACAUGGGAAGCCAUUAAUCAUUCGAUUACGUGGAUACAAGGAUCCUCCAAUUUUAUUAGGAACUUGCCUGUCAGAGAAGAUCUCUUUCAGAUACUCGGAUACAGAUUCAAAUGCAGAAUUGUUGGACCAGGUUUGGCAUCCUGAGAUAGCAAUGUCAUUCGAUAAUUUAGAUGUACGAUACAUUCUGAUUAUUAAUAACGACCAUGGUAGCCUAUUGUACCUCACGUCUGACUUCUUAUGGUGCAAGAUUACUUUUACACAUAUUCGUGACCUUGAUUUUCAGUCUACUACAUCGAGUAGCACCGAGAGCCUAUUCACAGACAUACAUGUAGACGAUGAUUUCGUAGGCAUGACUUUCGACUGCAAGAAAGGUUUCAUUGGCGAAGAAGUUUAUAUACCCAUAAAAUUGAAAAACGUCGGUGGAGUAGGACGAUUCUUCAUAAUGAGCGAAAUCGACUGGUUUUCUAUGAAUAUCUUAGAUAUCACCGAUAAAAAUAUUUUAAAAUUACCCUGUUUUACCUUAUGGCCUGCAUACUUUUUAUUGAAGGGACAAGAGGAAAUAACAUUCCACAUGCAUUUUUCGCCAGAAUGCUAUGGCAUACACGUGGAAAAAAUGUACAUAUUAUGCGACAACUGUACUCUAUUGGCAACGGAAAUAAUUGGAGAUGGAUUAAUAUACGAGCCGAAUUUCAUCCAGCUUAAUAAAGUACCUAUACUACAAAUUUGAUGCAAAAUAUAACUACGUUUUGUAAUAUUACGAUCGCUUUGGGCACAUGACAGAAAAAGCAAUUAAAAUCAGCAAAAUUACAGCAACUGAGGAAAGUAAGACCAUCCGAGAGAGACAUCGAUGAACGAGCUAAUUACUACAUAAACCUCAGUUCUAAUACCACCGAUGGUAUCGAACAAUGCAU